AUGACUGAAAAGGAGAAGAUGAUAAACAAGCUUAGUAAUACUAAAUCCUUCUUAGAAGGAAAUACUAAUUCUAACUCUAAUUCAACCACAACACCUCUAAAUAACAAUUCAACAACUUUAGAUAACAAUUUAAUUCCAUCUGAAUCUACCACCUCAACUCAAUCUACCAAUCAAUCUACUACCAACCCAUCUGAAUCUACUACCAACUCAACUCAAUCAGAACCUCUACUAAAGAAGAUAGAACAACCAGAAGAAGACUUACUAUUUAGUGAGAGAUGUACUCUUUAUAAGAAAGAGGGUAGUAAUUGGGAAGAGAAGAGUAUAGGUACUGUUUUAGGCAAGCAAAUAGAAGGAAAAGGAGUUCAAGUCUUGUUUGCUAUGGAUAACACUAGAAAUAUCCUUAAUGUGCUUAUCAGUAAGAAAGACUGUUUUAAGCAGAACAAAGGCAAUAUAGUCUUUUUAGGGAUUAAUGAGGGUGAAAUGGGUAUGUACUGUUUAGUCAUUAAGAAUGAACAGAAGUCGGCUGAGAUAGUAGCAGCUGUGCAUACUCAUUGUGCUUAG